UUGCAUGCACUCGACUCCGAACACAGCCCUCACUGGCACAUAGGCCACAUUUAUACGGACUUUCACUGGUCUCCUUUUCUGUUUGAGUCAGUAUGUUGUUCCUAGAGGGACUUGACACCUGUGGUAUGCGAUUUUGCGCCCAAGAGCACACGCAUGCGUGAUGUAGUCGCUGCAGUAAAACACCGGAGCGUCGCUUUUUUUUUUCUCAACGAGAAAAUCAUUCCUCCUUCUUCCUUAACAGGAACUAUCUUUUCCCGCACGAACUGUAUCCUGACAGUGUUCCCAGCAGUCAUCGAGACUCUUUUGAUCAUUCAGUGAUUUUCCUCUACCUUUAACUUUUUCUUUCUCCUGAAUUAAAAAAAAAGUUUAAUUAUUUUAACUUUUAGUGGUAGUCCGUCCGUUGUGUUAACCCAAGCUAGUGCACCACCCCACUGUCGGACUACUGUCAGCCGGUUCGAAUGGACGCACGUUUAAAAAGGGUCACUAUUAUGGAUAUUUUCGUCGUUUUUUGCCUUGCCAUUCUGACGUUUUCUCAAUGCAAAGCAGAUCAUCGCCUCCCUGCACCAACUGGGCUGAGUCCUUGGUGGAUUGAUGAUUUCAAUCUACAUGUGAAUUGGUCCUGGACUAGGCCUGAUAACCUGCCACACAACUGUACAAUUGAAUAUGCUGUAUACCGGUGGACCAAAACAGAAAAAAUAAAAGAAAUGAUUUCUAAAACAACAGAUUUCGAGGGGCGUUAUCUCACGGAUGAAAUGCUCUCUGGUAAUUUGCACUUUGAAAUUACCGCUUUGGGAUGCAAAGAUUGGAGUAAAAGUGAACCUGCAAAUAUAUCCAUUUCUACGUCACACGUUGAGCUAGUAAAGGACUUCAAAUGCUUUGUGAUGUUGGAUAAAAUUAACUGUUCCUGGUUACCAGUUGAUCCAUCUCAGAAGUUGUCGCUCAUCUAUAGAUACUGUGGAAAAGAUGAAAAAGAAGAAAAGACGUGUCCUCUUGACACCAGGCAAAACUUUUGUGUGUUGGAAAUCAACUGGCACUCUAAAGUCAUCUGUGUGCUUGUGAAGAGUGGAGACAGAGUGCAGACCCUGAAACCUAAGCUUAUGAUCAAAAAGCCUGUGUGGGAAUUCCAAGAGGUCGGAGAUUAUCUCACAUUGCGACCUGUUGCUCGUGAAAUUGGAACAAACUGCACUUUGGAAAUCCAUGUCUCUUACAACAAAUGUGGUGAGAGCAAACAGCAACUCAUUACAUCUGAUACAGUGAAUAUUCCCUAUGAUGAAUGCUGCGAGUAUAAGAUCCAAUACUAUGUCGCAACUAAUCAUUAUUGCCUGCCAAUCACAAGCAAUAACAGUGAUAUUCAAGUUUACGGUACCAAUAGGAGCUGUUUCAAGCCAGUUACUGUGGUUGCCAUUGUCAUUCCCAUAAUUCUGUUUCUCUCUGUCAUGAUGUCGUGCUACUGCUUCAGGAGGUACAGACACAUCUUUUGCCCCGUCAUACCAGACCCAUCAGACUUUUUAAAGGGAAUGAUGAACGGAAACAAGGAAGUUAAGACUGCAACAGUUAAUUUGUACGAGCCAGUGCCAGAGCCCUUGGAAUCUGAGAAAGUAAUUCUUGUCCCUGAAGAGAGGGGGCCACCUAUCUGACAGUCGUGGGGACUUGGAAAAUCAACCAUGUUUUAAAAGUUUAAUAAGAUAAAAAAGAUUAGACAGAUUGAUUUGAUACAUUAUUUCUUUGAAGGUACAAUUUAUAUGUGACAUGGAAUUCACAAGCAAGUCAGGAUUAGUACUUGUUUCCUGUGGUGAAAUAUGGAUCAAGGCAAACCGACUUAUUUUAUGUCCUCUGUUUAGCAGUCAGUAAAGCAUGACUGGGUAUUCUGCUGACUUUCAUUAAGUUUGCUGGCAGACUUCAGUGAAUUCUACACAUCUUGCAUAGUUUGUUCAAGAAACAAGACUUUUUGCAGAACAGUUCAUGUUAAUGAAACACAAGAUGUAUUUUUUACAUGAAUACCCAAUUUUAUUUUUUUACUUUUGGAAGGAGAACAGCAAUUAUUAUUGUGUGAGAAUAUGUCAAUCCUUUGUGGACUGUCUGUUACUUUGACUUUUUGCUAUUUUGUCACUGACUAUAGCUCAUGUAAAAUGCAUUGUCACAUCAGAUACAAGUGUUUCCUUCCUUUUACAAGAUAAGCCUUUCUUCUUCUGCUUUGUGGGAUUUAGUCAUUCUGUUUGUCUGGUGGUGGUUUUCCUAACCUUAAACAGCUUUAACCAUUAUAGGGCUGUAAAUAACACAUUUUUGUGUAGCACCUUGUUUGUUAGUUAACUGUUAUGGGAAAUAAAGUUUGUAUCCCAUCUUUUUUAUGCUAUUUAUAUAAUGCUCCUUGCUUUGAGAACUCACAUUUGUUUUUUCGUUGUUGUUGUGUUAGCACAUAAACAAAUGCGUAAAGAUACCAUAAAACAAUAGCACUGUGGAUUUAUCUGUAUGUCUUAUGCCUUGAAAUAGCAUUAGCCACUUGUGUUUCAACUUUGGACUGCAGUGGGAAACUAGAGGUUGAGGUGUAAGGUGUAUAUGGUGUUUGCGUUUUCUUUGUGUCAUUACAACGUAAAAUGAAAUUAUAAUUGUAAUUGUUUCUAU